AUGUUCCUCGAUUCCCGAACUGCUCUGGCUGGGAUUGCCAUAAUCUCCCAGGUCUUCGCCGCACCUGUGCUGGAAGCAAGAGCAAGCCUAGACACAUCGCUCUGGACUCCUCUUCACCGUGCAGCCCAGCUUUCUUCUGCUGCGUAUACUGGCUGCAGCAGCAAGGCUUUUGAUAUCACUGUUACAAAGUCAAUCCAGGAUACAUUGACGGACACUCAGGGAUUCGUGGGAUACUCUUCGGAGAAGAAGACCAUCGCUGUCGUCAUGAGGGGCUCGACUACUAUGACUGAUAUUAUGAACGAUGUCAGUACCACCCUCGUCACUCCGUCUCUCUCCGGUGUGACCUUCCCCUCGGGGGUGAAGAUCAUGAGUGGUAUCAACCGUCCUUGGAGUGCGGUCCACGACACGGUCAUUGCCGAAGUGAAGAGCCUUAUCGCAAAAUAUCCUGACUACACCUUGGAAGCGACUGGACACUCUCUAGGUGGUUCUCUGACAUACAUUUCCCACGUGGCACUGGCUCAGAACUUCCCUGACAAGCAACUCACCAGCCAUGCUAUGGCUGCUUUCCCCAUUGGCAACGAGGCCUGGGCCAACUUUGCCGGCUCGCAAGCCAAGGCUACCUUGUACCGUGGAAACAACAUCGGCGAUGGUGUUCCUAACAUGUAUGUCAACAUCCCUUACAGCUUCAAGCACUAUGGAACCGAGGUCUACAGCUCUGGAUUCCAGGCCACCACUCUCAAGUGUUCUGGCCAGCGCGAUCUUUCUUGCUCUGCUGGAAAUGGCAUGUAUGGUGUCACUGCUGGUCACUUCCAGAGCUUCGGAAUUACUUUGGGCGCUGCUGGCUGUGGCUCCCUUCUGUAG